AUGGCCAAGUCAUCAUUCGUGGUCAUGUUGGUAGCUUUGUUGGCGAUGCUGAUGGCCAUAGAGGCCGCACUUGCGGCUGAUAAGGGUGGCAGCAACAACAACAAUAACAACAACAACAGCAACAACGGCAACGGCAACACCAACAACAGCAACAACAGCAAUAAUAACAACAACAAUAACAACGGCAACAAUAACAACAACGGCAACAACAUCAACAUCGGCGGGGGAGGGAAGAAGAAAGGGGAGAAGGACUUCGACGACUUGCCCGGGGAAGGCAACGGCAGGGAGAAGCACAUGUGCCACGCCAAGUCCAAGUGCAAGAACAAGAUCCUCGUCUGCCCUCCAGAGUGUCCUUCAAAGAAGCCAAAGAAGAACAAGAAGAACAAGGGUUGCUUCGUCGACUGCAACCGCAACUGUGAGGUGGUUUGCAAGUAUAGGAAACCGAACUGCAAUGGGUACGGCUCACUCUGCUACGACCCGCGAUUCGUCGGCGGGGACGGAGUGAUGUUCUACUUCCACGGAGCUAAAGGAGGCAACUUUGCGAUAGUCUCCGACGAGAAAUUCCAAAUCAACGCACAUUUCAUCGGGACCAGACCACAGGGGAGGAGCAGAGACUACACCUGGGUGCAGGCUCUGGCCGUGAUGUUCGAAACCCACACUCUGGUCAUCGCCGCCGACAGAGUCCCGCGGUGGGACGACAAGGCGGACGCGCUGAUCGUGAAGUGGGACGGGGAGAAGGUCGACAUCCCCACCGGCGGCGAGGCCGAAUGGAGGACCGUCACCACUUCCGGGAGGGAAGUCGUGGUGGAGAGGACCGACGACGUGAACACGGUGAAGGUGACGGUGGGCGGGUUAGCCGAGCUGUCGGUGAGGAUCAGGCCGAUUGGGGAGGAAGAGAACAGAGUUCACAACUACCAGCUGCCGGAAGGCGAUUCUUUUGCCCAUCUGGAGACCCAGUUCAAGUUCAACAACUUGACCGAUGAGGUGGAAGGGGUUUUGGGGAAGACUUACCGGCCUGAUUAUGUCAGUCCGGCGAAAGUCGGAGUUCCGAUGCCGAUGUUGGGUGGAGAAGACAAGUACGAGACUCCGUCUCUGUACUCGACUUCCUGCAGGUUCUGCAGGUUCCAUAGAAGCUCUGCUGCUGCUUCUGCAGGAAUAUCUGAAAUCUAA